CCCCGCCUCUCCCCCUCCCCCGCUUGCAACGAGCUCCUCCAGAGGAGGGAGGGGGCCCGGUUGCCAAGGAAACUGGAGACGCCAGGCAGCCGCCCCUGCCGCCUCUGCCCCUAGAAAGGCCAGCACCCGCGGGCUGAAAGCUGCCUCCGCGGAGGAGGAGGAAGAGGGGCUGAUAGGAGAGAAGACGUGGGUGGUGGAGGAGGAAAAGCAACUCGGGGACGGCCCCCGCGCGGUUGAUGGGCGGCCCCUCUCUGCCCUGAGCAGGCCCGCCAGCCCCGGCCCUCGGCAUCGGUAGCCCUUGGCAGGGGAGAAGCGCGGACCCGCAAGGUCAGGGAUUAAGAAUCAUGCUGCAUGAAGCAAAGGACAGGCAGAAGUUCUUCAGUGAUGUACAGUAUCUACGGGACCUGCAGCAUAAGGUGGACUUCGAGUAUCAGGCUUGUUUGAGACGACAGUUUAGGAGAGUCCCAGAUGAAAAGAAACAAGACCAGUUUGGGGACCAAGAAACGGAUUCUGAGCGAUCCCUGUUUUUAAGCAAGGCAUCUUCCAAACAGAUCCUGUAUCCUUGCUGGAAGGGAGACUGUUCCAAGUACACCAACUUCAAGGACCAAGGACACACUGCCACUGCAGUUCCUUCACGGAAAAGGAAGCAGAGUUCUGUUGAGGAAGAAUCUCUAACUGAAUCAAGACCAUCAGCCAGGAAAUAUGGGGCUAAGAAGGAUUCCAAACUUCCAGCAAUUGACCAGAUACCAGGCAAGCAGAAACAUAAAAGUACUAUGACUCCCAGAAAACCAGAGCAAGUGAGCCCCAGCAAACUGCCUCCAGAAGUACCAAAGAUCUUACCAAGGAAGGUGAGAUCAACCCUGGGGAGCUUGACAGUCAGUCCAGAGAUGCACAGUUUAAGAGUGUCUGAGGACAGAAGCAGACAGAAACGGCAGCCACCAGCAACGGCACCAGCUCUCUGGGGAUCAGAUCCAGUAGUUCAACAGGAAGACUCGAUGUGGGCAGGUAAAAUGAAGCCAAAGAGGACAACUCAAGAGAGAAGGAAUUUCUCAUCCUCACAGCCCAUGAGGACACAAACAGGGAAUGCCCCUGAAGGAAACAAACAGGGAGACCCAACUUCUCUUUCCCUGAACCAGCCUCAUUCAGCCCUAACUCAGACCUUCCUAGGAAUGAGGAGUCCUCAGGUGUUGAGUGGAUCCUUGGAACCAUCACUCACACCCACCGCCAUGGGAGGGCCAAGAAAGGCACUGUGUAGGUUCCAGGAUGAAGAAUUUUAUUCCAUGUCUUCACUGAACACUAAAGGAGAAAACAGUGACACCGAAAAAGAAACCUACGAAGAAGAAAUUUUGUGGAGUGGUAUGCAAUCUCCCUGUUCUCCUUCCGAAUGUAAACAAAGUAGAUUUCUUGGGACAUCUGUCUCUCAAGCCAAAAAUAAACAUUUUGAGGAAAACGCUGAACAUCGCAGAGGUAAUUCUUUAAGAAACAAGCUCAAUAAUGGCACAUUAAGAAUAAGCGAUACAGUGGAGCCAGUGACAAAGCAUUCUUCUGUCAGGCAAAGGAUGUUCCAAGAGUCCAGACUGCCUGAUGGGGAGUCUACUGAAGACAGUGACAAUAGAGACAGUAAAAAUAAGAAAAAGACCUUUGAUUCAUGCAACACCAAAUCCGAUUCCAGCCCACACAAUGAUCUCAGUGCUAAAAAAGUAACUAGUGACUGCAUUUCUAUGGAUGAUGGGCCUGGUGGUAUCCAGGAAAGAGAUUGCCAAGACUAUUUAAAUGGUUCUAGAAAUUCUCCAAACUACUUAAUUUCGGCAAGACCAACAGCUUCAAGAUCAUCCAUGAAUUCAUCUUAUAAUGCUCCGGGAUCAUUAACGCAUGUUGCUCUGAGUGAUCACGUUCCAACAGUCUUGUCAGUGUCAUCUACUUUGGGUCACACUGUAGACCCAAGAUUCAGUGUUUGCCAGCCGCUGCCUGCUAUUAGAAGUAGGAAUCCAUUUGCCAAUACUGAAAGCCAUGAUUAUUUUCCAGUAAACAGAGCACAAGAAUUUGAUGUCAUGGGAGCAGAAGACAUUAGUCUACUGAGCCAACCCCAGGGAACUCCAUUAUAUGCAGAUCUCUUAUUAAGGCAGCAGCCUCAAGGCAGCUGGUCCUCAGUGGAUUCUCCUCCUUGUUCAUCUCUGCCCAGAGAGAAUUUACAAAGUCACUGGCAUGUGCUUGAGUCCCUGCAAGAAAAUAUACCUUUCACUUUCUUUGUUGUAUCAGAAUUCCCAAAUCAAAAUGAUAAUAUAAACAGUAUGUCUGUCUCUGGUUUCACAAAUGAACAGGGAGUCACCAAGAAAAAGACAGACCCGGAGAAUCUCAAGAAAUUGCAAGAAAGUCUCCUGGAGGAGGACUCAGAGGAGGAGGGAGACUUGUGUCGCAUCUGUCAGAUAGCAGGGAGUUCCCCGACCAACCCCCUCCUGGAGCCUUGCAGAUGUGUGGGAAGCCUGCGGUUUGUUCACCAAAAGUGCUUGAAAACGUGGCUGAAAGUGAAAAUAACAUCAGGAACAGAUCUAAAUGCUGUGAAGACCUGUGAGAUGUGUAAGCAAGACCUUCUGGUCGACCUGGAUGACUUUAACAUCACCGAGUUCUACCAAAAGCACCAGCAAUCCUGGGCACAAAACGAGCUGAUGAAUUCAGGCUUGUACCUGAUGCUACUGCUUCACCUGUAUGAGCAGAGAUUUGCAGAACUCAUGAGUCUUGACUAUGGGCGAUUUAUGAGCGAAACAUUGUCAAGAAAUUACCCACAACCCAGGCGAGAAGAAAAUGAAAAUUCCGAGCUGCGAGAUGGCCAUGAAAGCAGCGUUUAUCCCGGCCGAGACAUCUAGCGAGGCACUGGCGUGGCGCUCCGCAGAGACUGCUCCACUCCGCAGCCCUCUCUACGUUCCUGCAUACCUCCCGUCUCCCUCCUCUUUAUGAAACUGUAACCAGUGUGUCCACAGUUACCAUCCAUACUUUGUUGCCCCUCUUUGAGGUCUGGCUUAGCACCCACAAACAACAAUGGGGAGCACUCUAGUCCCCAACAGCACAGGUCACGUCGCCUGGGGCUGUUGAGCUGGUUGCAGGUUGUCUGCUGCUGGCCCUCAGCAUAGAAAGCCGAGGGGGCUUGGCAGCCCUGAAAGGCCCCGCAGCCUGGGGUCCCCUCGUGGGGGACACCAGUUCAGGUCUCAGUUCAACCCGAGUGGAAUGGGCCCAGGCAUUCAGUAAACUUUGUUCUUACACCUU